AGCACCGUGAAAACGUUUCUUGCAUUGCAGUGGGGAAAUUGAGUCGUAAGACGAACUGCAAGCAUUUUUUCUGCCUUAACGCUUUGAAGAUACAAUGGCUGCAAACUCUUCGGCACGAUAUACGCGACUCAAGACUGAUGAAGAUGAGCCUAACACCAGCACUUUUGAGGAAAUUCUCAUGAAGCAAGAGCAAAUCAUCCGCGAUCAAGAUGAAGACCUCGUUCUUGUAGGCAAAUCCGUCAGUACUUUGAAAAAUAUGAGCUAUAAAAUCGGAGAUGAGCUGGACCAACAGGCUGUUAUGCUUGAUGACUUAGGUCAAGAAAUGGAUACAGUGGAUGCUAGACUGGAUAGUGUGAUGAAGAAGAUAGCCAAAUUAACUCAUAUGGAUGAUGACAAACGGCAGUGUAAAGUAAUAUUGAUACUCAGCGUCGUAAUAUUCUUUCUUCUGAUCGUGCUUAUUGUUUUAUAAUCGUAUGAUCAACAUGUAUAGAGAUUAUGUAUACUGCUUUAUUAUGCUUUCCUGUUUAUGAUUGUUUCAAAUCUGAGUGCAAAUUUCAUUAUAUAGGUUGUGACAUCUCGAAAAAUUUUCGCUUGCGGUAAUUUUUCAAUUACAGCAUAGAGAUUCAAUCGCGCCAUAAGUAUGAUAUCCAGUUAUCGCUAUUUUACUGUUACGCUAUCGGAAUUUGUGAUGAUUUGUGAUUUUCUCUUGAUAUAUAUAGCGCAGAAUAAUUAGUUUCUGUAUACUUUCUGAUAGGAAUUUGAACUAUUGCAGAGCAUGUUUGUGUAGGCCAUACGGCUGUGAUUG